AUGCAACCUUACAGAAUAUCGAAUUUAAAUAGAGAACUUUUCGAUCCAAUGACUUCGUGUCUCGUCGUUUUAUCAUCAUUAUAUCUUCUUCCCAAUUUAACAUAUUUUUUUAUUCUUGUUACAUCAAAUACAAAAAUUGAAUUUGAUAUUAAUAAAUAUUUUAAACAUUUAACAAAAUUAGAAAAAUUAAUUAUUCGUCAAGAUAAUUAUACAUGUAAAAGAAGUAGAAAUCAACAGUUAAAUUCAAUUCAAUAUCUUUCUAAUUUAAAAUAUUUAGAAUGGUUUGAAAUCUUAUCUAAUGAUUUAAGAAUUUUAUCAUCAAUUUCACAUCUACCUCAAUUACAAUAUAUUCAUCUUCAACAUACGUUGAUUACAAAUGAAAUAUUAUAUUAUUUAAGUAAAAUAUCAACAAUUAAUUCAUUAAAAUCACAUCGAUUUUCACCUAUAAAAAGUAAACUAAAUAUAGAUAGUUUCAAUUAUUUACUAUCAUUAAAAGAAACAUUGAAAGAAUUAGAAAUAAGUGCUAAAAAUAUUAACUAUGAUGAAUUAGUGAUGAUACAAUAUCCUACAGAAGCUGAUUGUAUGCCAGAUGAAUAUGAAGUACAUUUAAAUUUCGAACAUAUUAAUAUUUUAAAACAAUUUAUAUAUCUUAAAACUCUAUCAUUCAAUAAAAUAAGUAUAACAAGAGAAAAUUUAGACAAUUUAUUAAUUAAUUUAGUUCAUUAUAAUAAUUUAAAAAUCUUAAACUUAGAAUCGAUUUUUUUUCCAUCAUUUACAGUUAUAUCAACAAUUCAUAGCUUAGAAGAAUUAUCAUUGUCAUAUCCAUACAACAACAAUAGAGAAGAAUAUACAGAUAAAGAUUUAUUUAUAUUAAAUUCAUUGAAAAACGUAAAAGUAUUAAUAUUAUGUCGUAGUAUCAAUUUAUCAAAAACAAUAAGAAAACAAUUAAAAGAUAAAACAUUGAACAUACCACAAUCGACUACUCGUUGUAAUUUAACAUUUGAACAUUUAGAAGAGUUUAUUUAUAACAAUGAUGAUGAUGAUGAUGAUGAUGAAAGUGAUUGUGAAGGGGAAAAUGCGAUGAUCGACAAUGCAUGA